ACUGGAGUCAGUUGGCUGCUGUGAGGAUGACUUAGUGCCUGGAGGAGCUGCCUACAAUAAACAUCAGGGAGAAAGCGAACAGAUCUUCCAAGGAACUUUGUGAACGUGGUGCACAUCUAAAUAGGAAUGGCGAUUCUGUCCGCAGGGCAUGAAUAUAGACUUGUUCUGUCAGCCCCAGGGAUGCUCUGAACAACUGCUGCAGUCUGAAGCCUUUGGAAGAUAAUAGUAAUGCCCUUCAUUUACCCUUAGUGGUAUCUCAUCCAAUGUACAGUGUCAGCACCAGCUCCUAGCAAAGCAGCACAAGAGAGCUUUCUGUGGUUUUGCUGCAGACCAGAAUACACUGAAAGGGGAAGUGCACUACAACAAUGACCCAAGAACAGGAGAUUUCUAGAAUCACAGAAUAUUCUGAGUUGGAAGGGACCCACAAGGAUUAUCAAGUCCAACCCUUAAGUGAAUGGCCCACACAGGCCUCGCCGUGUGACGGGGGCAGCAGCGCUGUGUGCCCACAGAGGGGGCUGAGCCCCGGCCCUGCCCAGCCAUGCCAGCCCCUGCCUGCUGAUUCUGCACCUGCCCCUCGCCCUGCGGCGCGUGGGAGACACGGCAGGGCCACACACGUUAAAACCCACAAAGUCUCGCUGCAGCUGCAGGAGGUAAAUUGAGGCUACAUUCACCACUGCUGUAUCUUCCUGCUUGAUUUUAUGCAUAGAACUGCAGCUGAGAUCUGACUGCACACCAGCCUUGCUACAGCUCUCACAAACAGCAAACGGGUUGGGUGUUCCCACUGCCCCCUUUUGAAUUGCAUCAAUUCAGAUUAUGAGCCAGAAAGAAGAAGAAAUGGAGGACAGCUCCCUGCCACUCUGUGUCACCUGCGGCCAAGCGCAUUUACCGGAAGAAAACCACUUGUACAGCUACACCGAAGAAGUGGAUGAUGAUCUGAUAUGCCACAUUUGCCUGCAACCUUUGCUUCAGCCAUUAGACACGCUCUGUGGUCACACCUUCUGCACAGCCUGCCUUACAAACUUCCUUGUGGAAAAAGACUUCUGUCCCAUGGACCGCAAGCUUGUGAUUCUCCAGACGUGCAGGAAGUCCAGCAUACUAGUGAAUAACCUCCUGGACAAGCUAAUGGUUAGCUGCCCUUUCACAGAACACUGCUCAGAGGUUGUGCAACGUGGUCACCUUGAACAGCAUUUCCAAACCCAAUGUAAAGGAGCAUCCCACUAUGGCCUUACCAAGGAACGGAAGAGGCGUUCCCAGGACUGCUCUCCAGACCGUGGCUCCAGCUUGGCAGUGGCUGCCCUGGGCCCUGAGCUCUCAGCAGCUGCGGCCAUCGCCUUAAUGACAGACGAGCCGGGGCUGGUGAACCCGGCCUUCAGCCCCACCUCGGAGGAGAGCCAGCUGGGCAGCAGCCCCGGGGACCUGCACCGCAGCAACCGCAACCGGACUCGACACUUUGAACGUUCCACUAUAAGAAGCAGAUCUUUUAAAAAAAUAAACAAAGCGUUCAGCGUUCUUCGAAGGACAAAAAGUGGAAGUGCUGUUUCCAACCAGACUGACAGGGAAAGGGAGACUGCUGGAAACUCUGCUGCUGGAGAGGAAGGUUUUCCCAGGCUGUACCACCUGAUUCCAGAUGGGGAGAUUACCUGCAUUAAGAUCAGCCGCAGCGAUCCCCAUGAAAGUCUGGCCAUCAGGAUCGUGGGGGGCAGUGAGACCCCUUUGGUUCACAUUAUUAUACAGCACAUUUAUCGAGAUGGGGUGAUUGCCAGAGAUGGAAGAUUGCUGCCUGGGGACAUGAUACUAAAGGUAAACGGCAUGGACAUCAAGAAUGUGCCUCACAACUACGCGCUGUCAAUCCUGAAGCAGCCGUGCCACGUGCUGCGCCUGACGGUGCUGCGAGAGCAGAGGUACCGGUGCCGCAACAGCGGCCUUUCCCUCGAUGCUCACUGCAACAGGGACGACAGCUUCCACGUCGUGCUGAACAAGAGCAGUCCGGAUGAGCAGCUGGGCAUAAAGCUGGUCCGCAAGGCCGACGAGCCGGGCGUGUUCAUCUUCAACCUGCUGGAGGGCGGCAUGGCGGCGCGGGACGGGCAGCUGCAGGAGAACGACCGCGUGCUGGCCAUCAACGGGCACGACCACCGCUACGGCAGCCCCGAGAGCGCCGCGCAGCUCAUACAGGCCAGCGAGAAGCAGGUUCACCUGGUGGUGUCGCGGCAGAGCCGGCAGCAGCCCCCGGACCUGCUGCAGGAGACGGGCUGGGCUGCCAGCGCCGGGGGCGCCCAGCCCUGCCCCGCCGAGAGGAGCGGCCCCGGCAAGAGCACCCUUCACACUGUCACCUGUCAUGAGAAGGUGGUGGCUGUCCGGAAAGAUCACACGGAAUCGCUGGGAAUGACUGUGGCAGGUGGAGCAUCGAACCGGGAAUGGGAUCUGCCUAUCUAUGUGAUAAGUGUGGAACCUGGAGGAGUGAUCAGCAGAGACAGCAGGAUAAAAACAGGUGACAUCCUCCUGAACGUGAAUGGCAUUGAUCUGACGGGAGUCAGCCGGGGCGAGGCCGUCGCCCUGCUGAAGAACACCAACUCCUCAGUGGUGCUCAAAGCCCUGGAGAUGAGAGCAUGUGAAGCCCAGGAGGAGCAGGGUCACCUCCCACCCCCUGAGGACACACAAGUGACUGCUGAGAGCAGUGAGUGGUCGCCGUCCUGGGUUAUGUGGCUGGGGCUGCCACGAUAUUUGUACAGCUGCAAAGAAAUUGUACUACGAAGAAAUACAUCUGGAAGUCUUGGCUUCAGCAUCGUAGGAGGUUAUGAAGAACAUACUGGGAACAAACCAUUCUUUAUCAAAUCCAUUGUUGGGGGAACACCAGCAUAUAACGAUGGCAGAAUUAGAUGCGGUGACAUCCUCCUUGCUGUCAAUGGCAGGAACACAUCAGGAAUGAUGCAUGCCUGCUUGGCAAGGAUGCUCAAAGAACUAAAAGGAAAAAUUACUCUCACAAUUGUGUCCUGGCCUGGCACAUUUUUAUAAAACAAGUCUUCAUGGAGAGUGUGACAAGUAUCUUAACAUGGGGAAAACGUUUUAAAAAAAAGGAACACCAGUCUUUGCUUUUUUGGGGAGUAAAGUAUGUAUUUAUAAAGAAAAGGUUUGUGAAAUUUCAACCUGCAUGUCAAGAAAAGUCAAGUUUAGGCAAAGCAGUGACACCUGUCAGAAAAUCACUUCAGAGUGAUCCAAGCUACAGACUUAAGUCCUUCCUUCCCUGUGUUCUUAAGGGUUUUUUGUUGUUUUUUUAUACAUACCUAUAUAUCUAUUUAAUGCAUUAUAAUAAUAAUAAUGGAAUUUAAGGAGCAGCAGCUUCUGCUCACCCACUAUAUUUUGAUUUACAAAAAGAAAACCUUGAAUAACUAAUGGAAAUAUUUCUUGCAAUUUUUCUAGUUGCAAUAAUCAGGUGAAGGUUUUUAUCCAACACAUUAAUAGCACUUUGAUUAUGUGUACCUUUUCAUGGUAAGCAUGAAGCUGGUAUUUUCAAGACUUUCAAGUACUGUUUGUUAGUCUGUAAAACUGUGAAUGAAAUUUCUAAAAUAAUUAAAAAUAAUUGUAACUGUGUACUUGUACAGACAUUAUUUUCAUCCAAAACCAAAUUACCUCGUUUCCCUGGUUUGUUCUGAUUAAUUCUAUUAAAUCUGGGAUUUUUAUAUAGACUAUUACUUUUAAGGAAAUACACUGCACCCUGCUAAUGCCAUCAAGUAAGUCUUUUGAAUAGCAGUAAAAUUUUUGUGGGACUGCCUUAUCAAUCAUACUUGAUACUGUUCUGCAUGAAGUAAAUCUGAAAGUGAUGAUGGUCCUAUAUGUCUUUUAAAAUAGUCCUUUGUCUUUCUCUGCAAAUUACUCAUGUUCCACAGCCUUGUUUUUAUCUCACAAGCCUACACUGGGAAGAGGAUAUGUUUGUUAAUCUUUAUCAUGUUAAGGGCAGCUGUUCCCCUAGAACAAAGACUAAAAUGAACUCUCUCUUAAGCCACUGAAAGGCAGCAGGGACGAUUAUCCAGCUUAAUUCAUCCUUAUGCACCCACACAAACCAGACAUAAUUACCACGUGUAUCAUCACCAUGCUCAGUGUUCCAUUCAACUAAGAACAAUCGGCACCUUUCCCACUUUCCCUGGUUUUUUUUUUUUUGCUUCACAUUAUUACAAGGCUUUUGAAGAGCCUGCAGUUCUUGUGUGUCCCUGUAGUAAGGGAUGACCUUUCAAAAUAAGUCUCCAAAAGCUAUGCUAAACCCACACUGUUCCAGAUGUUGGGUAUAUAAUAAAAUGAAUGCACACUGUUUAUAAAGUCAGUAAAAGAAUGACCUUCCCAUUGGCUUAUGAAAAAAGGAGACAAUUUAAUACAAAGAAUUUAAGCCCUACUUAUAUUGUAAGAGCAUAAGCCUCUAGAUGUAAGAUGUUUUCUCACUGUUUUACUGUUUCUUAAAAGACAAAGUCAGUCCAAGAAUCUUAACAUGAAAAAUUCGUUCUUUUAUUUUCAAAAAAAAAACCAAAGUAACCUUUGAUUUCAAACUAACAGAACAAGAUUAAGAGCAAAUUAUUAUAAUUCCCAGAAAAAUAACAAGAUUUAUAGUAAUCUAUUUCUGGCACUAAUAUAUAUGCAAGUAGGCAAAAAAAAUCACACAAGCCUAUUCCACAGGGGCAGCUUCAGUGUUUUCCUGUUCAGGAGCAGGUUCACCACUGGCUUCUUUUCCUUCUUUGCUUCUUUUGGACUUCUUGUGUUUGUGCCUUCUGUGGCUAUCCCCUUCUUCACUGUCGUGACGACGUCGGCUGUUACUAAAUAGAGAGAAAACAUGCCUCAAGCACUUGACACUUCAGGCCCUAUUUCAUUAUAAAGUACCACAAAAACAGCUUCUGCAUCUGAUCCCAACUCAGAGUUUUUGGAUGUCAGUGCAGAACUGAAUUUUUCCUGGAAUGGAACAUACAUCUAUCCAUCCUGUAAUUUUUGGGGGAAAAAUAGAAUGAUUUUUCCCAUUUGUAACCCAUAUUCUAAUAGCAAGACUUUUAACAACAUCAUGCACCUAUUGGCAUUCCUUAAAAAUUUGACAUUCUUGUUGACCCCAUUUUCUGGACUUAACUUUUAUUUUUAACUUAAAAUGGGUCAGGUAGAACAAUUUCUCUCAAGUGACUGCGAGGAUUAAUUUACUUACUGAGAAUGACUAUUGAGUUGUUCUGUUCAUGCUGCUGAAUGUCAGCUUCAUUCCACCCCUUUCUGACUCACCAUUUUUACCCUUCUUUCCCCAGUGUCCUACUUUCUGUUCACUACUUUCUGUCACUCAAUACGAGGUUACCCAGGGUCAGUAUUGCUUCUUGUCUGUCCAUGUUUCACACGGCAGACUUGUUCCAAGUAGCACAUUCAAGUGUUUACAGUCUUUCCACAAAACUCCUGUUUGUUUGGGGUUAUUUUAGAAGUUUACUUCUUUUUUUUUUCUUUUUUUUUUUUAACUGGACAAGUCUUUCAUAUCCUAUUAAAAAAAGAGAAAUCAAACCUUCGAGAUGACUUGUGUCGAGUCUCUUCUUUCUCUCUGUGCCUCCUGUCUCUGUGUCUGUCUUCUUUCUCUCUGCUUGUCCUAUGGCGGUCGUAGCCCCUCUCUGCAUAGUCUCUGUAUCUGUAGCGUUCUUCAUCACUGAUUCAGAAAGAAGAGAUUUUCAGGACAGUAAGACCAAGGAGUAUAACAAUAACAAGCUAAAUCAGGAAAAAAUCUUAAUAUUGGAAAAUCUUAAUAUUGCUUCUGGGUGUCUACAUGAGUUCCAGUGCUUAAAGGACAAUAAAGUUCUUAAUGUUA